AUGGCAUCGUCUCCAAAGGAUGACACUGCACCUCCUAGCGUGCCGAAUGACAACAAAGCGUUCGAGACUGUGCAAGAGCAGAGCUCACAAGGCUCACUGAACACUUCCGAGCUUGUCGAAGGAGACUACGGAUCUGAUCGAAACCAUGUCUUUGCCGAUGAAAAGGUCGCGGACUACUGGCGAGACGUUUACGAAAAAGCAAAAUACGAAGGCCGACACCGAUUCGAUCCCGACAUCACUUGGUCUGCAGAUGAAGAGAAGAGGCUGAAGAGAAAGAUUGACUUCCGGAUCAUGACUUGGUGCUGGCUCAUGUUCCUCGCUUUGGAUUUGAAUCGAAGAAACAUCAAUCGGGCCAUCUCCGACAACAUGCUCACAGACCUCCACAUGAACACCAACGACUUCAACUCCGGCCAAACAAUCUUCCUCGUCUCCUUCCUCGCCGCCGAACUCCCCUCAGGCCUAAUCUCCAAAAAACUCGGCCCGGACAUCUGGAUCCCCUUCAUAAUCACAAGCUGGUCAAUCAUCUCCGCCGCCCAAGCCGGUCUCCAAACCAAAAAAGGCUACUACGCCUGCCGCUGUCUCAUAGGCCUCUUAAUGGGGGGGUUCAUCCCCGACACGGUCCUCUACAUCACCUACUGGUACAAAGCCAAAGAACUCCCCAUCCGCCUCUCCUGGUUCUGGACCGUGCUUUCCACCUGCAAUAUCCUGGGCUCCCUCCUCGCAGCCGGGAUCCUCCAAAUGCGCGGCCUUCAGGGCUGGGCGGGCUGGCAAUGGCUCUUCCUCAUCGAAGGCAGUAUAACAGCCUGCAUCGGUCUCGCGUCCUGGGGUCUAAUGCCCGCCUCCAUCACCCAAACCCGCGGCUGGAUCCGAGGCAAAAAAGGCUGGUUCACCGAACGCGAAGAGAAAAUUUUGGUCAACAGACUCCUGCGCGACGAUCCCAGUAAAGGAGAUAUGAACAACCGCCAAGCCGUCACCCUGCAACGUUUGUGGAAAUGUCUGAAAGAUUACGAUCUGUGGCCUUUAUACCUCGUCGGACUGACGACUUACGUGCCGCCUCAACCCGCGAAUACUUAUAUCUCGUACAUUCUCCGACAAAUGGGUUGGAGCACGUUUAACGCGAAUCUUCUUACGAUUCCUUCGCAGUUCAUGUUCGGGGUGAAUUUGUUGAUUAUCAGUAAAGUUUCCGAAUACUUCAACGAACGAGCGCUGGUGUCUUUGACGUCGAAUCUUUGGAUCUUGCCCUUCUUGGCGGCGCUUGUGGCUUUGGGGUCUGGAGUUUCGGACUGGGUUCGAUAUGGACUGUUGACGGGUCUGUUGUCGUAUCCGUAUUGCCAUGCGAUUCUGGUGGCGUGGAAUUCCAGGAAUUCGAAUAGUGUCCGGACGCGGGCGGUUUCUGCUGCGCUUUAUAAUAUGAUGGUUCAGGCGGGGAAUAUCAUUGGGACGAAUAUCUAUCGGGAUGAUGAUCGGCCGUAUUAUAUUCGAGGGAAUAGGAUUUUGUUGGGGUUUUGUUGUUUCAAUGUUGUUUUGUUUGUUGCGGUGAAGUACUAUUAUGUUAGGAGGAAUAAGAGGAGGGAAGAGGCUUGGGCGAAACUCACGGGUGAGGAGAAGGUGGAUUAUGUGAGGAAUACGGAGGAUGAGGGUGCGAAGAGAUUGGAUUUUAGAUUUGCGCAUUAG